GAAGGACUUGGCCACUUUGCUGGUGGCUGACCCGUCCCGCCACCAACGCCUCCUCUGCCUCCGGCCGACUCCAGGCCACGAGUGGCGGUCGAGCCGAAACGCCCGCGCUGAGACCGCCGAUGCGUCGACGCGGCGCGAACCACCUGCCACAGCCGUACCACAGGGAAGGAGAUGAAGAGAGAGAGAGAGAGAGGGAGAGGGAAGAGAGAGAGAGAGAGAGAGAGAGCGCGGAGACAUUUUGCGAGCUGUCCAAGUCUGCGAAAAAAACUCUCUGCCUCCUGCGAAACGCAGAGGAGGAGGUCGUGAAACGCUGACCUCGUACAUCGAGGCCCCUCGCCCGUCAGCGGCCAAUUGUGCGCCCUGGCUCGACCCCUUUGCCUGGCCAAGAGAGGUCAACACCUCUUGGUGGGUGUUUCGCGAGGGGGCGCCAUCCACCGCGGCUCCGACACUGCAUGCAACUGUAACAGCGUGGGCCAAGCGAUGCACAUGCACCAACAUUGUAUGAACGUGCUGUGCUGCACUGCUUGUGUGAGCAACUCAAAGACAGCACGGAUGAGGAGCCACCGCGAAGUGACUGCCCCCACGGCAGCCGCUCGGGCGAGCUCAGAGCAGGCUCGCGCAGCUUCGAGCACGCUUGCUGCAAAACGAACUAAACAAAAAAAGUGCGGCACGGCGCCGCAAGCAACGAAUCUCUCGGCACAAUAUCGGCAAGUUUGCAUGCAGUACGCAUCGCUGCAAUCCUGUAACUUUGAGACUGUGCGGCAUGCAGAGAAACGCUUCUAAAGCAGAACGACCCUGGCCUCGCAAGGACAACUUCCACCACUGGGAGAAUUCUUGUCUGGCCUUCGUCUGGCGGGAGAAGCCCCAGGUGCUGCACGUGCCAGUCUGGUGUUGGGUGGGGG